AUGGCGUGCGUGGAGCGCUGCCGCUGCUGCGUGGACAGCAGGCGGCACAGCAGCAUCCUCUACAACAUCCUCAGGAGCGAGGAGCGGGCGGCGUCGCCGGCGGGGCAGGGGCCGAGGCGCGCGCAGGCGUCCCGCGGCUGCCCCUGCGGGUCGCGGCGGCGGGUGGCCCUGCGGAGCCCGCAGGUGGCAUGCAAGGCGGCCUCCGCCGUGCUGGUGAAGACGCUGCGCUUCGUCCAGAAUGUGCCCUGCUUCCAGGAGCUGCCCCUGGAGGAGCAGCUCCUGCUGGUGCGCAGCUGCUGGGCGCCCCUGCUGGUGCUGGGGCUGGCGCAGGACCGGGUGCACUUCGAGACGGUGGAGAGCGCGGAGCCCAGCAUGCUGCAGAGGAUCCUCACCACCCGGCGGCAGGGCGAGCGGCUCCCGCCGCGGGGACCGGCGCCGGGCCGGCCGCACCACGGCCCCGGCAGCGGCGGCGGCCCGCACCUGCCCUCGGCCGGCGAGAUUCAGGCUAUCAAGGGCUUCCUGGCCAAGUGCUGGAGCCUGGAUAUCAGCACCAAAGAGUACGCUUACCUCAAGGGGACGGUGCUUUUCAACCCGGAUCUACCUGGACUGCAGUGUACACAGUACAUUGAAAGACUGCAGAGGGAAGCACAACAAGCUCUAAAUGAACAUGUCAGACUCAUUCACAGAGGUGAUGAAGCCAGAUUUGCCAAGCUGAAUGUUGUUCUAUCCUUGUUAAGAUCUAUUAAUGCUAAUGUGAUUGCUGAACUAUUCUUUAGGCCCAUCAUUGGAGCAGUGAACAUGGAUGACAUGCUUUUGGAAAUGCUUUGUGCAAAAUCAUAA